CGCCGAACCGCAGGCACCCGGCCGGCUCAGCCUGCGCCGGGCCGCCUCGCUCGCUCGGGGCUCGGCAGGCGGCCCGCGGGGUCCCGGAUCGCUGCGCCCGCAGCCGGAAACCACGGCAGGUGCUGACUUGAGACCCGGAGGCCCGCAAGACCUUCGGUCAUCUUUAGGGGAGGAAAUGCAGACAUAGAGGUACUGACCCCAGAAACGGAUCGGGAGGUUCCUGCUUGCCUGUGGUGUGACACUUUCCCAGCACUUUAUGGUAGCCCUCUCUGACCCCUCCACACCACUGUUCCACACAGCUCCUGAACCAUGGGAGAAAAUGAGGAUGAGAAGCAGGCCCAGGCCAGCCAGGUCUUCGAGAACUUUGUGCAAGCUACCACAUGCAAAGGCACGCUCCAGGCCUUCAACAUCCUCACCUGCCUCCUGGAUCUAGAUCCACUGGACCAUAGAAACUUCUACUCUCAGCUCAAGUCCAAGGUGAACACCUGGAAGGCCAAGGCUCUAUGGCACAAACUGGAUAAGCGCGGCUCCCACAAGGAAUACAAGCGAGGGAAAGCCUGCAUGAACACCAAGUGUCUCAUCAUUGGAGGAGGACCGUGUGGCUUGCGCACUGCCAUUGAACUUGCCUACCUGGGAGCCAAAGUGGUUGUAGUGGAGAAGAGGGACACCUUCUCCCGGAACAAUGUGCUGCACCUCUGGCCCUUUACCAUCCACGACCUGCGGGGCCUAGGAGCCAAGAAGUUCUAUGGGAAAUUCUGUGCUGGUUCCAUCGACCACAUCAGUAUCCGUCAACUACAGCUCAUCCUAUUCAAGGUGGCCCUGAUGCUGGGAGUGGAAAUCCAUGUGAAUGUGGAAUUCGUGAGGGUUCUAGAGCCUCCUGAAGACCAAGAAAAUCAAAAAGUCGGCUGGCGGGCAGAAUUCCUCCCUGCAGACCACGCCCUGUCUGACUUUGAGUUUGACGUCAUCGUUGGUGCUGACGGCCAUAGGAACACUCUGGAAGGGUUCAGGAGGAAGGAGUUCCGAGGGAAGCUGGCCAUUGCCAUCACUGCCAACUUCAUAAACAGGAACAGCACGGCCGAGGCCAAGGUGGAGGAGAUCAGUGGCGUGGCCUUCAUCUUCAACCAGAAGUUCUUUCAGGACCUUAAAGAAGAAACAGGGAUUGAUCUCGAGAACAUUGUUUACUACAAGGACUGUACCCACUACUUUGUCAUGACGGCCAAGAAGCAGAGCCUGCUGGACAAAGGCGUCAUCAUUAAUGACUACAUUGACACAGAGAUGCUACUGUGUACGGAGAACGUGAACCAGGAUAAUCUGCUCUCCUACGCCCGUGAGGCUGCGGAUUUUGCCACCAAUUACCAGCUGCCAUCCUUAGACUUUGCCAUAAAUCACAAUGGGCAGCCUGAUGUGGCCAUGUUCGACUUCACCUCCAUGUACGCCUCAGAGAACGCAGCCCUGAUGCGAGAGCGCCAGGCCCACCAGCUGCUCGUGGCCCUUGUGGGCGACAGCUUGCUUGAGCCAUUUUGGCCCAUGGGCACAGGCUGUGCCCGGGGCUUCCUGGCAGCCUUUGACACAGCGUGGAUGGUGAAGAGCUGGGACCAGGGCACCCCUCCCCUGGAGGUGCUGGCUGAAAGAGAAAGUCUUUACCGGCUGUUACCUCAGACAACCCCAGAGAACAUCAACAAAAAUUUUGAACAGUAUACAUUGGACCCAGCAACACGGUACCCAAACCUCAACUUGCACUGUGUCAGGCCUCACCAGGUGAAGCAUUUGUACAUCACUAAGGAGCUGGACAGCUUCUCUCAAGAGAGAUGGGGCUCAGUGAGGAGAUCCGUUAGCCUCUCCAGGCGGGAGUCAGACAUCCGGCCUAACAAGCUCUUAACCUGGUGCCAGCAGCAGACCGAGGGGUACCAGCACGUCCAUGUCACCGACCUGACCACAUCCUGGCGCAGUGGUCUGGCUCUGUGUGCCAUCAUCCACCGCUUCCGGCCAGAGCUGAUCAACUUUGACUCACUGAAUGAAGACGACACAGUGGAGAACAAUCAGCUGGCAUUUGAUGUGGCCAAGCGUGAGUUUGGGAUCCUGCCUGUGACUACAGGAAAAGAGAUGGCGUCUACUCAGGAGCCCGACAAACUCAGCAUGGUCAUGUACCUCUCCAAGUUCUAUGAGCUCUUCCGGGGCACCCCGCUGAGACCCAUGGAUUCUUGGCGUAAAAACUAUGGAGAAUAUGCUGACUUCGGCUUGGGCAAAUCAUUCAUUCCUAAUAACUAUCUCAACCUCACAUUUCCCAGGAAGAGGACCCCACGGGUAGACACCCAGACUGAAGAGAACGACAUGAAUAAGAGGAGACGACAGGGCGUCAACAACCUGGAAGAGCUGCCGGCCUUCUCCAGCCGUAGCUUGGGCUCCAGUCAAGAGUGCGCUAGAGAAGGCGGCAAUCAGAACAAAGUCAAGUCCAUGGCCAACCAGCUGCUAGCCAAGUUUGAGGAGAACACACGGAACUCUGCAGCCCUGAAACAGGACUGCCGCCGGCUCUCAGGCACAGGUAAGCCUGUCUUGUGCUCUGCCUCUCGCCCUCCUGGUACCUCUCGCUGCCCCAAGCUGGAGGAGUCAACUCCCAAGCUUCCACCUCCUCUGAAAAGGCAGUUCUCCUCCGUGGUGGCGACAGGACAGGUACUCAGAGAACUCAAUCAAGUACCUGCUAGUGGCGAGUGCCCAAGCAGACCCUGGAGAGCCAGGGCCAAGUCAGACCUGCAACUGGGCGGGGCUGAAAAUCUCGCCACGCUGCCUCCCACCUGCCACGGGGCCCUGGCCCUGUCCGGGGUGCUGCGGCGACUGCAGGAAGUAGAAGAAAAGGUCCUUCAGAAGAGGGCCCAGAACUUGGCUAACAGGGAAUUUCACAAAAAGAACAUUAAAGAGAAGGCAGCUCACCUGGCCUCCAUGUUUGGACACGGGGAUUUACCACAGGAUAAACUCCUGUCUAAACGUCUGCCUCACACUCAUCCUCCAUCUCCUCCCUCUUGCCUUCCGUCUCCUGAUCCAGCUGCUCCUUCCUCUCCACCAGCUGCCGACUCUGUUUCUCCUGCCAGAAAGGAUGAUUUAGGUGGCAGUGCAGAAGUCAGCUUGGAGGAAGAGAGGCAAGAAAUGAGCUGUGACGCAGUGGAUAGUGAAGGGUUCCGUGGACGAGAACUAGUUUGCAUCUGCGGCACAUUUUUAACCUCCAGGAUGAGUGAGUCCCCAGCCAAACUGUGCUCUGCGGAACAAUCUGUUGGCCAGGCUCCUGCAGAGCUCACAGUAGGGAAAGUGUCCAGCGGAAUAGGGGCUGCAGCUGAAGUUCUGGUCAAUCUGUACUUGAAUGAUCACAGACCUAAGACACAGGCCACCUCUCCAGACCUGGAAUCCGUGAAAAGGACAUUUCCCCUGAGCCUGGGCGGCAGUGACACCUGCUACUUUUGUAAGAAGCGUGUGUACGUGAUGGAGCGGCUGAGUGCUGAGGGUCACUUUUUCCACCGCGAGUGCUUCCGCUGCAGCGUCUGCACCACCACCCUGCGCCUGGCCGCCUAUGCCUUUGACUGCGAUGAAGGCAAAUUUUACUGCAAGCCCCAUUUCAUCCAUUGUAAAACCAACAGCAAACAGCGGAAGAGACGGGCAGAGCUGAAGCAGCAAAGAGAGGAGGAAGGCACUUGGCAGGAACGGGAAGCACCUCGGAGAGACACCCCCACGGAAAGCUCUUGCGCAGUGGCGGCCAUCAGCACGCCAGAAGGCAGCCCCCCAGGUAUCUCCACCUCCUUCUUUAGGAAGGCACUGAGCUGGCCUUUCAGGCUGACAAGAGGCCUGCUCGACCUGCCCCGGAGCCUGCUUAGGUGGAUGCAGGGACUCCUGAAUGCUGCUGGCCACCAUGUCAGGGACAAUGCUUACAACUACUGCUUCACGUUUGAGCUCCUGUGCCUGGGGCUGCUGCUUCUCUGGGCCUUCUCCGAGGUCCUGGGUGCCAUGUACAGGGAGUCUGAGGAAUCCCUGGCGAGCAUCCGCAGCUGGUUUCUCAGGUUCAUCCCAGUGAAGCUGCAGUGAGGUAAAUGCUGCCCCACAGUGCCCUAACAUUUCCAAGUGUAGACUGCGACAUUUGUAGUUUGCGCAGGCUCUGGCCAGCAUCUGUAACCAAUUAGCUCCAAGCCAAAGAGUCCCACGUUGGCCGCCUCCACCUGGCUUUGACAGGGUCGAGCAUCUAUUCAUGGUGCUAGGGCCAGGGACAACAUGAAGGAUUUUUUUUUUUAACAGCUUUGUAUUGUUUUGUCUUUUCAUACCAAAGCGAGCCAUAUUUCUGGGUUUACAUUUCAAUUUUUAACUUUUCAUAAGCCAAAAAGAAAGCAUUAUUUUUCUACAAGUAUCAAUACUUCUAACCGUUUUAACUUUUAUCACCAGUUUUACAAGGCCCUCCAACUUGGCAAUGUGUUGAGAUUUAUUGUUGCCAGCAGAGUUAAUGAGCUGAGACUUUAGAGCCACAAAACAGAGAGAGCCAUCACCAGACCAAUGCCUUUCGGUUUUGCAAAAAGAUGUCACCUGUUCACAGUGGGUGCUGCGUUUGUUUGUUUGUUUUCAAGAACACAUAUAUGUACAAUCAGUGAGGUUAAAAGGAAGAAGUAGAGGGGUAGAAUAAACCAAAAUGAACCGAAGCACACAGCAGUGUGUCAGUGCUCUGUCCCUGGGGUUGGGGAGAGGUAUUUUACCCCUAUCUUUUGAAGUCAAGAAGCCUGAAGGCUUUCCCUCAUGCCCACCAAUCACAGCCAAUGGUAUAUAGCACCACAGGGCUACUGCACUGCGAGCAUCCAUCCCCACCCCCACUCCACUAAUGGGUACUGCAGUGAAGCCCGUUGGCACUUAGACCUGAAUAGCUCUGUCAGGCUGAGGUAAUGCUGAGGACAAACUAUUUCAGAUGGUGUCUGUUUCACCCCUAUCUACUCCCCAACCCAGGCUGCAGACAGAGCCAAAGCCGCUCAGGUCCAUCAUGGUCAGGCUGUCUCUCCCUGGUGUCCUUUGAACCUGAGGAUACUUGCUGGCCCCGAUCAGUGAGCCUUGCUGGUGGUCUCCUGGCUGCUCAGUCACAUGGCUGCCUUGCAUAUUUUACCCACACAGUCAGAGAGCCUUCUCCUAGUGCCCCAGAAAAAGAAAAGUGUCUGGUCUUGGGGUGGCUUCAAGCCCGUAAGUGUUUUCUACUCUGGAUGUCUGGAAAAGCCUGCAGAUAUCCUCACCCAACUCUGAUGCUCAGCUUGUGCAGCAUGAUGAGCAACUGGAGGGCUGCUGAGGGCCUUCUAGGUACUCAGGGGAUCUGCCGUCACUGGGUACCGUACAGCUAUGGAGAGCUGUGACCACUAGAGCACCCUCCAAGAUAAAGGUCUGCUUAAAGACAGGCCGGCUUGAAAGCUUUGACAUAAGUUUCUGUAAGGGGAAAGAGGGGCGCAUUUCUAGAGACUCUGUCCUGAAGCCAUGGGAAAGACAGGGCAUGGCUGGGUUCAAGUCUGUGGGGACCAGCACCCCUGACCUUGUUGGAUCUGUUGCCAGUGUGAUGACGUACAUUGUAUUUGCCCCGCUUGUAGCUGGGGUUUUAAUGGUCAAGCAUGGUGGGAGAAGCCCUUGAGUCCUAUUAUGUUUCAUUAUGCCCCAUGAACUCUUGAGGUCAGAUUAUAGUGAUUUUCUCCAGCUCAGGGUGGGCUGAGAUGCUCUGUGGAAUGCUCUGGGAAGCCAGAGUGAACUCUCUAAAAAAAAUGUCAUUUAUAGCCACAAGGAAGCUGGUUUGAAUUACUCUGGUAGACAGGGUGUGUCUGUCACAAGGCCCAGACAUCUAUAUGUUUUGAGACCUUGAACCUUCCUGGUGGGCAACAGCAGGGGCAGGUCCUGGGAGACACAUACUCCAGAAACAAAUUUGCCUCAAGGAUGAGGAUGAAACCCCAGAGUACCAUGGAGGGGCUGGGGGUUAGCGGGGCCAAAGGUCCUGGGAACAUUUGUGGACAAGAGCGGGGUUUUGUGGAUGUGCAGACCCCGCGCAUCCACUCUUGGAAAUGAAUGGCUGGCCGCCACCAGGAAGGUCUGUGUCUCCUAAGCAAGCAGGCAUUUGUGGGGGACAGUGGUUGCUCUCUUGUCACCUCCAGGGCCUUUUCCUCUUGUGAUGUUGUUCUGCUCCCUCGCUAAAACCUCCUUUCUGUCUUUCUCUUCCCAACCUCACACUGUGGCCGCCAGUGCGUUUCAGCCUUCCCGUCCUACACCCACUUCUUGGCUGACACUCCUGCUCUAAGGUGACUCAUUUUCUUGGCAAUUUUCGGAGAGAGGUACUAACCCCUAACCCGCUUUCCGCACCCCAUCCUCUGCGUCGAUGGUACUGGGUAGCACUAACUGUGUCUUGCACUCUAACAGACUCCCUAAGGAAUGAGUGGUUAACAGCAUGGGGUGGGGGUCAGCUUGAAAGCUGUGUUCUGCCUUCCCUUCUUUGGAGCCCAGCCAGCAGCCUGGGUCCACAACAAGUGCAUGCCCCCCCUUGCCUCGCUGGCCUCUAUGCAUGCUUUCUCUGCUGCACCUUCAAAGGCUCUUGUCUUCUUGGGAGGGUCCGCCAUGAUUGUGAGACAAUACCGUAUAAGGAGGGCUCUGUGGCCUUUGAAAACAUUUCUGUUUAGUGACCUUUUGAAAAGAACCUGUCUAGGAAUAUCUUCUUCAGCCAGUUCUAAUCCAAAGAUUACCAAUGCCUUUGAUUGGAACCAUAAGUGACUCAGUGUGGCGAGGUUUUAAAAGUGGGCUUGUUCCCAGACUCUGUGACCAGUUUGACCCAUGCUUUGUGCUGUGACUACAAUGAGGCUAGCAAGCCCUUCCUCUGUUUCAGCAGAGUUAAUCCUAGGGCCUUGCCAUGCCUUUCAUAUGCCUCUGGGCUCUUACGUCCAUACUGGUUCAGAAGCUUUAAUCAGAGCAGUCACGGUCGCAGGACAAGCGCUGGCUUUCAGAAAUAACCCAGGUCAGCCAUUGUCAAUGGUCCUGUCAAUCUAUCUAAAGCCCACAGUCCCUCUGCUCACCUACCUGGACCAGUGGGAUGGUCAUGUGCUACUACAAAAAGUGGUCGCAUGGAGGGCAGAGAGCAGUGUGAGUCUAGCCCCACCCACAUCCUCAGACGGUGGUCAGAGUCCGUCUGCCUGUAGCUAGAGCUACCCUGCCCUCGGCUUCUGCCCAGCCCUGCAUGCUGCACUUGCCUGCUGCACUGGCGCAGAGCCCAGCCAAUACAAAGCCCUCUCCUCUCCUCUCUUCUCUUCCAGCAUUCCCCCUCUAAAAUGUCAACCAAAGAGAGCCCCCCUUGCUCUCAGCCUCUUUAGCUAGCCUUCCCCCCCCCCCCCCCCAUCUCAUGGCAAGGCAUGUCUGUGACCCUAGAGAAUUCAUUUACAGUGCCAUAUGGAACCCUGUAUUUUACACACAGCAAAAUGAUGUCUAGGUUUAUUUAUGAUAUUUGAUGCUGUAAAUGAAAAUAAAUAUGGUUCUUUAUAAA